ACAAGUGGAUAACUUUCACAGGGCUUUCAGUGCUGCUCCUAGGACCCCCUCUGGGUGCUGUGGGAUGCCGGAGGAAGGACGCGGCUCGUUGCACACAAGGAGCCUGAGCUGUGCUCGCUCCCCCAUGCUUUUCUCACUCCUUUCCUGCCUGAGGAGCCUGAGAGCCUCCUUCUCCCUUGUGUGAAUGAUUAAAUCUGCUCACGCAGGUGAGCCCUGCCAACAGGCAGUCUUUUGACUUCAGUUGCCCUGACCUUUAGACUAAGGGAGGCAGUUGUGUGCUCAGUAUCACGAGCAGCCUUCAGCUCUUCCCUUCUCUUCCUCCUCCUCCCCAUAUACACCUGUUUCCAGUCAACCUGGCUUCUAAGUGCUCCUGGCCUCCUCAUGCGCUUGUAGGCAGAGUACAGCACCAGGGCUGAUGCCUACUGUAAUGCUUAAUUCCACUUUGCUUAUCUAAGCUGCAUGAGAACAUUGUAAGUGCUUAAUAACCAUGUACAAGCUGCUUUUCUUUUUUUCAUUCCCAGCUUCUGUUUCCUUCAAUCACUCUUAACCCUGCUUUGGCUCCGCUCCAUUUCACCUCCCUGGCAUAGGUUGCUACGAGCGGCAAGGCAAUUUUUUUUUCUGUGCCUUUGCAAUAACAAUUUAUGACCUUUGAAAGAGCAGGGGAGUGGCGAUCCAAGUCCUGCGUGUCCUUCCGCAACCGCAGUGCUGCAGGCAUCGCUGCUCCCACCUAUUUCCAUCGCCCCUGGGGCCUGGGCAGCAGCACAAGGUGGUGCUGGUUCCCUGAGAUGGGUACCUCCCCGUCCAGGCUGGGCUGAUCUCACCCCCGGUGUGCUGCUAGAGGUGAUGUCACUUCGAUGUAAUACGGUAAAGAACUGUUGGUCGGUUACGAUCAGUAAAAACCAGCAUUUUAUUUUAUUUGGGAGACCGCAGAAGCUAUGCUGCUCAUGUCCUGCUCGUGUUUCAGGCUGGGCAAUUUGCCCUGCAGUUUUGGUGUUCCUGCUCUGUAAACACUUCUAGUAAAGACCAUUUUCCUGCAUGAGCAGGAAAAGUAGGGGAACAGCGUCAUAUACCCGACAAUAGUCAAUUUUCAUGCUUCACCAUCCUACAGAACAGGAAAAAACACAGUGACUUUGCAUUGUGUAAUGAAGAGGCAAUAUAAAUUAGCUAUUUUAUCACUUCCUUCUAAGGAAAAGUGGAGCUAAGGUGCCAUUCAGCUAUUAAAGUGCCAGCACGCUUUAGGGUGCAUUAUGUGAAAGCCACAACUGUUUCUUUGAGAUAAAUGCUUAAGACCCACCUACGUGGUGCCCUGUGGAAAUCCUUCAGAAACAGCGUAACUGGUGGAGAGGAGGAGGGGUUUGGGGGCAGCUUGAGAUUCCUCGAGCGCUUUGCCCGGUUUUCAGCACAGGACAGGGCUCAAAGCACAAGGAUGUUUUCUGUGGCAGGAUCUUAAUUCAGCUCCCGGUUUGCUGACUGCUGGGGGAGGCUUCAGGGAUUCCCACAGCUGCUGUUAGUAACAGAGGAGGUGCAAGUGGGAAGCACUACCAGCCCUGUAUUUACUUAGCGGUUAAAAGAGGGGUUGCACAGCAAUUUUCGUGCCACCUGAAUGUGAUGUUGGUCUUUCCUGAGAGAAGAGAGCUGAAGCAAUAGGUAAUUCCUCAGCAGUAGCUGCUUUCUCCAUGUCAGCUGGGAAAAUGUUUCCUCUCUGCUCACUCCAGCAAGGAUGCAGUUGGUUUUCCCUUUUGGAGUUAAGCACAUCGAAUGCUCCUCUGAUCUGUUAAGCAUUUGCUCUCUCCUUUCCAAGGCUGCCUACAUUACAGCAGCUUUCUCAGCUUCUGGUGUUCCUGGUUGCUAUUUUAAGAGGACAUGGUGGUCGGUGCCUUCCCGAGGGGAGCGAAGCUCAGCUAAACCCGCUUCUCCCUCCCCAGGACGUUUGUGCCUGCCUGCUGAACUCCAUGUUCACCUCCAACCGCUCCGGGCCACGGCGAAUGCCUGCAAGGAGGGAGGGAGAGCUGCGCUACCUUCUCUGCUAGGGGUGCUACGCCGAGACCAGCUUCGAGUGCUGGAGGAGGAUGGAAAAUUCGGGUUGCCUGGCUUGCAGCACACAGGGGGCUGUGUAGAGGUGGUCCUCUACAGCUUCGAAGGGGACAGUUUUGGCCACGUUUGGCUCCAAUGAGGUCUGGCCUCAGCAGCCCGGCCACCCAGCGCUGACAGUAAAUCCUUUGCUUUAUCAACAUACGAUGUGAUUCCUCCCGUGCAAAGAAUGAAACAAAGACCGGCUCCAUGUCAACAGGGAAACGGCCGCCACUGACGCUGCCAUAGGCAGGGCCUUUCACCAGCCCGGCCGGGCUGUUUGCCCUAAACAGUUUGUUAAUCAUGUUGAGCUUCCCCCCCCAAGCCCACCUCAUUUUUCUCAACUAAGUAAUUAUUGCUGAUUCUGUCCGAAUCCUAUUAAAUUCUCCAACCCUGCAAGGCUGUUAGCAGCAACGUUAAGCUCAGCGUUGUUCAAAACUGUUGCUGAAUUGCGUCAAGUGCUCGCUCUGAGUUUCAGCUUCCUGCAAGUUAAGGAAUAACAGCUUGCACAGCUGCAAUAUCCUAAGCAAUAAAAAGAUAAGAUAAAACUACCAUAGGCUUGACUGCCAGACCAAAACCAAACCAGAUCACCUGUUACACAGUCCCGGCCUCGUUACCUGCCCCUGCAACCCACGCAGGCUCAAGUCCAUCACCGCACACGGGUGCCUUCCUGCUGUUCUCAAGGAACACGGGACGCGCUUGUGAGCUUCGUGGUUUCUCUGCCUCUGCAGCUUUGUAACUUCAGCAACACUUUCCCUCUUAAAACGUUUCUCAGACAAAAACCAGAGGCUGCAACUCAUGGCAAGAGCGGUAGCUGCAGGCUGGGUGCGAUGCCGGAGGUGGCUGCUGUGCUGAGCCAUGCCUGGUUGCUUUUUUCCUCACCGUGCGUUCUACCAUCGAGGGAAGGAUGGAGGCAGGAGCAGCAGGGGAAACCCCAAAUUUCUUACACCUAGAGGAGCCAAAUGGGUGGAAAGCAGAGACCUUCAGAGAGCUUGAAAAUGUGACACGCCACAUCCCAGCGGGGAUGGAGCGAGGAGAAGCCCUGUGGCUGCCUUCGGGCCCUGAGGUGGGGGAACCGGUCCUGUGAGGAGAGGCUGGAGAAGGAUGCUGGAGCUGCUCCUCAUGCCCAACGUCCCGCUGGCCCGCAUCAACUUCCUAGGCCCUUGUAAUCCAAAGAGUCGUGAUAGAAAUGCACUAAAAUUGAUUGGGUUUUCUCCAUAGCCUGCAGCUUCUGUGAAGUAAUGUUCCUGCACAUAUAUAUAUGUGUGUGUGUGUGUUUAUCUGCUCACAUACUUUUGUUCUCUGUUGUGGAGAGUGCCAGGAGCUUCUGGGGCACACAGAUGUCCCCAGCAGCUGUAGCUGCUGACGGAAUUCCAAGGACAGGAGCCAGCCUGCUCGCUCUCCCCCUCGGGGGGAGGCUGAGCUCCCGGUACCCUGCUUGGCACACGCCGCUCAUCCCUCUGCUGCUGAAGGCACCCCGGCUCCAUCUCUCCUGUGAGCGGAGGAGUGGUUCAGCAAUACUGAAAACCAGGAAAUUUUUGCAGCGCGAGUCCUCAGAAACAUCCACGUCAAGUUGUCCAGAGGGUACAAAAUGCACGAGAUUUCGGUGGUUUCCGGAGACGAUGGUGACCUCCGUCCACCCGCGUGGUUGCAACUCCUCCACGCCGGUCCCACACAGCUGGCAGCGAGAGGGUGUUUGUCCCGGCCGGUUCUGCACGCACAGCUUCAUGGCCUCGGGACCGAGAGGAGCUGCAUCUCCCGAGGUUGCUUUCUUGCUCCAUGGCGAGGCAAUAACGUUUCCCCGCGGGGCCCGUAGCCGUGGGCGCAGGGACUGCGUGGCUCCUUUCCUUGCAGGUGGCUUUAACCGCAGGGCCGUGCCACACCGCAGCCAAGCAGGGUGUGAGAUCCCACAGGAGAGGAUGCAUCCAGGCAGGGGACUGCAUGGCAGGGAAGGAGCUGUGCUGACCAGCAUCCCACAGGAAAAAAGGGCUGGGAUGAUUAUUUUCAGGGUUAUGAUGGCUGUUAGAAGAAACUUUGCAGGAAAGCUGAAUCAUCGGUGCAAAAGGCAGCAGUGCUUGCAGGACUCCUUACAUCCCAGCCUAACACAAGCUGCUACCUCAAGUCAAGGAAUUUCAGAAGAAGCCCCUGAGCACCUCUGUCCUGUGGGUUUGAUUCCUCUAACACUUUCCUGUCUCCUGGUAGCUGAGAAAUAUUGCAGAGCAGAACAGAUCCCAGGAAACGAUGCUCUGAUAUAUGGGAAAGAAGAUGACUGUGUUAAGUGGAGCUCAUCUGCACCUCGGCUAAAAGGUGUUUUCCCACAGCGGUGGCACCUCAUCUAUGUGUCUUGGUAUUUUCUCACAUCCUACAAAGCUAAUGCCUCAUGAUCCAGUUUACAAUAUGGCUUUUGGAACAUCUGCAUCAGCACCACUGGAGCAGUGGUAAGCUAUGACACAGCACUAGGAACAAAUGGCUACUGGGAGAAUAGACAUCUUAAACCAGCUCUGCUGAUAAAGAGGGCAUGAUGGAAUCGCACCCCGCCAUAGGAGAACGAGCGAAUUAAGCCGUACCUUUUCCACAGCCAUGCCAGAAGUUGGGUAGUCAUGCUAUGGGUAACAUCAUUCUGUAAAAGGGCUACUCUCCUCCUAGCAUCUGCUACUGGCUGCUUCUGAGACAGGUUACCGGGCCACGUUUCCCUUACUGUGGUCCAGUGCAGCACUUUUAUGUCAGCUGCUCCUGGUGGAAAUUGGAUGAACAGAGCUAGAACUUGGGUUUAAAUGGUUAUUCACUAAAUUUGUAAGCUCUGAACCCUCCAGUGGAAACAUCACUUGCUUUCACCCCUUCCACGUCUUGAGUUCAUGGUUUUCCACCUUCUUACAAUUUCGAUUUGGCAUUCGUUACGGGAGCAGAACAAUAAAGAAUCGGUAUAAGGGGAAAAGGAAGUUGUGUGCUAAUAGAUGGUGCCUAAAUUGCAGACAAAUUUCACGUUGUACAGAGGACAUAGGUGUGAAGUCCACAGACCUAUGCGGCUUCUACAGACCCACUGCCAAAGAGCCAUUUCCUUUUGUUACAGUACAUGAAUACCCUUCAAGUUCUCAUCUGCAUUUAUAGCUGCUCCUUUGUAUGGGUGUACAUAUUAAAGCCACUCCAGGGCUGCUUUUUUGAGAAAUUCUAAUUAUGAAUCUGCACUGAAACUAGUGAUGUUUCAGGCUUUUGCAAAAGCAGAGCUCAGGCUUCUUAGCAAUACCAGAUUGUGACAUUCUCCAGAUCUGUACAAUGUGUGGUUUCUGUCUAAACCCACUGUGGUUAACAUUUAGCAAUGAUGUGACUUCUCCAAUGAAGUAAACACCUUUUGUCUCUGUCACUCUUCUUGUUUCACUCUCUCAAGCUUGUCAGUAAGAAAUUGGUUUUGGAAGAGGUUUCUUCUGCCUCAGCAAAACAUUGUAAAUUAUUCACCAAAAUGAAUUUAGCCACUUUGUCAGAUACAGAAAUCAAAUGUCCCUGCAUUUAUUGUUGAUCACAGAAAUGCAGGCUUCUCCCAGGGAUUGCUGUUUGCCAACAAACUUAAACCCAAUUGUCUUGGAUUAGACCAGUGUAGGGGAAAACACUGUAGUACAGCAAAGUGGUCUGCAGUUAAGGCUGGCAAAUUGAAGAGGCAUCUCUGGAUGCUCACAGCUUAGUAGAUUCUCCCCCCCCCCCCGCCCCGAAAUACUACAGUACCAUUAAUUUACUCCCACCAAACUGGUAAACGUGUCUGCUGUUGACAUCAUUUUUUUCAGAAUUCAGUGACCAGUACAGGUUUGUUCUUCCAAAGGAUGCUGGCUUGCAAACAUUGAUGGAAAAUGUGAGUGAAGUUGAUCAGAAAGAUCUAAAUAAACAUCCCGUGAAUUUGUAGAAAGUAACAGAUGUAUAAAAUUAAUAUGAUAGCUUUUUUAGUCAUACUUGUUUCUCUCUGAGGUGUGUCUCUUUUCCUGGGUAACUUCCUGCCACCGGAUCAACAUAAAAACCUGUUGCACUUACUUUCAAAGUAAUCAAUGUACAGAAAACAGACAUUUCAAAUCUGACUUGCCUCAACUACCACACAUCU